AUGGACAUGGCCCUCACCACCAUCAACCUCCUCCGAUUCCCAUUCAACACAACAACACCUCCUGGGAACGACCAUAACAACCUCCGAUACAGACGCACCCUCACAUUGACCGAGUCGUGGAACAUCGCUGGGUAUCUCACCGAAGUCUUGAGCAACGGGAAGAGACUCCACGAGUUCCUUGAACUAGCGGAUCAAGUCAACCAACUUGCCUUCAUCUUCGCCUCAGUCAAUGAGGCCGAAUAUUACUGGUUUAGAAUGUACUACUUGUACACCAUGGCUAAUACAGAAGAUGUGCUUCUAUUUAUUGUUAAUAUGAUCCGCCGUCGAAUGUUGCGAGCUAUCAAUCGGAACCCACCUGAUCUUGAUGGUAACCCUAUUGAACCAAAUCUCCUUGCUAGAGUCCAGCAAGUAUUCUGGCUCCACGAGUUAAAGCUUCGAGCGCGAAUUCUCGAAGAAGGAUGGCGUACCAACCAGAUCCAGAUCCCAGGAGAUAAGAACCCCGUGGAUAUCGUCGAAACCUUGCGGCGCCCCCAUGAUAUCGACGUAAGGCGAUUCUUGGAGUUGGUAGAGUUGCAGCGGUUCGAGGGAACUUUCUUCGACCACGGAAUUGAGGGUCGGAAGAAACUAAAGGUUUUGAACGAACGCCUCCUCGAAUGCUCGACACCUGAGAAUCUUGGGAUUCAGGGGUCAGUCUUAUACCUUCCUCGUAGUGACGAUAAGGACUCCAUGCAGCUGCUUUUCCAGCUUGUGGCCAUGGAUGAACAAUCGGGGCUUUUCUGGGAAAAGUACGAUUUUCAAUCUCCGUUUUGGUAUGAUGGCUGGUUCGAGAAGUAUCCUGUCUCUUGGUCGAUUGAGCACUUCUCACUUGGCAUCAAUUAUUCCCGCCUCGAGAGGGAGGGGGAUCAUCAACAGGAGUGA